AUGUCAGUCCGCGGAGAAGGUGUAUUGGUGUUUGACUUGGGAUCGGUCUCGUUGCGUGUAGGCAGAGCCGUAGACAAGGAUCCGAUGGCAGAAAUACCGUCCGUGGUGGGAGUGUCAAUCAAAGGUACUGCUGCAAAUUCCGAUUCGGCCAAACCAAAUGAUAAUCGCAUCAAUAAGAACAUCAAAUACUACAUAGGCGAGAAGUCUUUGAGUGUUCCCCGCCCGGGCAUGGAAGUGAAAAAUUGUGUAAAAGACUGUAUGAUAGAUGAUUGGGAUCUGUUCGAACAAAUGUUGGACUACGCUUAUUCGAAUUGUUUGGCCGUUGAAUCGCAUUGUUACCCGGUGUUAUUUACUGAAUGGGUAUUAAAUACCAAGCCCAAAAGAGAGACACUCGUGGAGCUCAUGUUUGAAAAAUAUAAUUUGCCUGCUAUUUAUCUUUGUAACAGUGGUUCUUUAGCUACAAUUGGUCUCAAAUGCUCUACGGCUCUUGUUAUUGAUUGUGGGGCAACACAUACUUCAGUCAUACCUGUAAACAGUUGUUCGGUGGUAUCUGAUGCCAUUAGCAAGUCUCCUGUUGGUGGAGAUUUCAUCAACAUGGAGUGCAAACAGUAUUUUAAAGAUAAUAAAAUUGAAGUGAUUCCACGUUAUAUGAUUGGACAAAUACUAAAGGUUAAGCAAAAACAAAAACCAAUAUGGACAGUUAAAAAAAAUAUCCCAGAAGUAACUAACUCUUGGCACAAUUAUAUGUGUAAAUCAGUUAUUCAGGAAUUUCAACAUUCAGUAUUAGAAGUAUAUGAUCGUCCAUACACUGAAGUAGCAACUUCUUUAAUGCCAACUCUUAAUUACACGUUUACUACUGGCUACAGUCAAAGAUUUGGGCAUGAACAGUUCAAAAUUCCUGAAGUCUUAUUUAAUCCUAGUCCUAAUAUGGACAAGUCAAUUUUAGGUUUAGCUGAUAUGGUUGUCUCUACUAUUGGAAAGUGUGAUGCGAAUAUAAAAUCUGAUUUAUUCAAUCAUAUUAUUAUAACUGGUGGAAAUUCAUUAAUACGAAGUUUCGUGGAAAGAUUAGUUUACGAUGUUACAGUUCGAGUACCCGAUAAGACUAAAAUGAGAUUUAUUGCACCUUAUAAUUUAACUAAAAGGCGUUUUGGUGCAUGGUAUGGUGGUAAAUGUUUAGCUUCAACUCCAUCUUUUCAACAUUUGUGGCUUAAUAAAUGUGAAUAUACUGAUAGAGGUAAAAGUAUAAUUCAUGAGAAAUGUGAUUAA